GUGCGGGAUUCGGCCACUGGGGGGUUAGCAGUUCUGUGCGACUGCGCGCGUAGCCAUCUGGCUUUGAAAUGCAGCGGGAUUUAGUGAGUUUUCCCUUGUCGCCAGCAGUGCGGGUGAAGUUGGUGUCUUCAGGUUUCCAGACUGCUGAGGAACUCCUAGACGUGAAGCCCUCCGAGCUCAGCAAAGAAAUUGGUAUAUCUAAAGAGGAAGCCUUAGAAACUCUGCAAAUUAUAAGAAGAGAAUGUCUCACAGAUAAACCAAGACAGGCCGGUACAGCUGAGUCAGGCAAGAAGUGUACAGCACUGGAUCUUCUAGAACAAGAGCAUACCCAGAACUUCAUAAUUACCUUCUGUUCAGCACUAGAUAAUAUUCUUGGGGGUGGAGUACCCUUAACCAAAACAACAGAAAUUUGUGGUGCACCAGGUGUUGGAAAAACACAAUUAUGUAUGCAGUUGGCAGUAGAUGUGCAGAUACCAGAAUGUUUUGGAGGAGUGGAAGGUGAAGCAGUUUUUAUUGAUACAGAGGGAAGUUUUAUGGUUGAUAGAGUGGUAGACCUUGCAACUGCCUGCAUUCAGCACCUGCAGCUUAUAGCAAAAACACAUAUGGAAGAGGCACACCCUAAGGCCUUGGAGAAUUUCACUCUUGAAAAUAUUCUUUCCCAUAUUUAUUAUUUUCGUUGUCGUGACUACACAGAGCUACUGGCACAAGUUUAUCUCCUUUCAGACUUCCUUUCAGAACACUCAAAGGUUAGAUUAGUGAUAGUGGAUGGCAUUGCUUUUCCUUUUCGUCAUGACCUUGAUGACCUAUCCCUUCGUACCCGAUUACUAAAUGGCCUAGCCCAGCAAAUGAUCAGCCUUGCAAAUAAUCACAGAUUAGCCGUAAUUUUAACUAAUCAGAUGACAACAAAGAUUGAUAGAAAUGAGGCCUCUCUGAUACCAGCAUUGGGGGAAAGUUGGGGACAUGCUGCGACAAUACGGCUGAUCUUUCAUUGGGAUCAAAAGCAAAGCAGGUUGGCAACAUUGUACAAAUCACCAAGCCAGAAGGAAUCUACAGUACUGUUUCAAAUCACACAUCAGGGAUUUAGAGAUGCUGUUGUUACCCCUGCAUCUUCAGUGCAAACAGAAGAUUCAUUGAAUUCUCGGAAACGGUCACGAGAAUCAGAGGAAGAACAGGAAUCCAAAUACUAGUCUGAGAGAGAGAGAGAGAGAGA